AUGGCUUCUUUGGUGUCUUCCCCAUUCACUUUACCCACCUCCAAAGUGGACCAACUCUCUUCAUUCUCCCAAAAGCAUUACUUUCUUCAUUCUUUUCUUCCCAAGAAAACCAACCAAGCCAACUCCAAGUCCUGCCUGAGAGUGAAAUGUGCCGCAAUUGGCAAUGGCCUUUUCACCCAAACCACCCCCGAAGUCCGUAGAAUUGUUCCCGACAACGAUCAUGGCCUCCCCACAGUCAAAGUUGUGUAUGUUGUGUUGGAAGCUCAAUACCAGUCAGCCCUUACGGCCGCUGUCCAGACUCUCAACAGCAAAGCCAGGUAUGCUUCAUUUCAAGUUGUGGGUUACUUGGUUGAGGAGCUUCGGGAUGAAGCUACUUACAAGACUUUCUGUAAAGAUCUUGAGGACGCAAAUAUAUUUAUUGGGUCUUUGAUUUUUGUGGAAGAGUUGGCCUUGAAGGUUAAGGCUGCAGUAGAGAAGGAGAGGGACAGGUUGGAUGCAGUCUUGGUGUUCCCUUCAAUGCCUGAAGUAAUGAGACUAAACAAGUUGGGUUCUUUUAGUAUGUCUCAGCUUGGGCAAUCGAAGAGUCCCUUUUUUCAGCUCUUCAAGAAGAAGAAGUCCUCCGCUGGGUUUGCAGACAGUAUGUUGAAGCUCGUGAGGACAUUGCCGAAGGUUUUGAAGUACUUGCCUAGUGAUAAGGCUCAAGAUGCUAGGCUUUAUAUACUGAGUUUGCAGUUUUGGCUUGGUGGGUCCCCUGAUAAUUUGAUGAAUUUCUUGAAAAUGAUUUCUGGGUCUUAUGUUCCAGCCCUGAAGAGGACUAAAAUCGAGUAUUCAGAUCCGGUUCUGUUCUUGGAUAGCGGUAUUUGGCAUCCUUUGGCUCCUUGUAUGUAUGAUGACGUGAAGGAGUAUUUGAAUUGGUAUGGAACUAGGAGGGAUGCUAAUGAGAAGCUUAAAGGCCCAAAUGCGCCUGUAAUUGGGCUAGUUCUGCAGAGAAGUCAUAUUGUUACUGGGGAUGAGAGUCACUAUGUGGCUGUGAUUAUGGAGCUGGAGGCAAGAGGAGCUAAAGUGAUACCGAUAUUCGCGGGAGGGCUGGAUUUUUCAGGCCCAGUUGAGAGAUUUUUGAUCGAUCCGGUUACUAAGAGGCCAUUCGUGAAUUCAGUGGUCUCCCUGACUGGUUUUGCUCUUGUUGGGGGGCCAGCGAGGCAGGACCAUCCAAGGGCUGUUGAGGCAUUGAUGAAACUUGAUGUUCCUUACAUUGUUGCAUUGCCUUUGGUGUUUCAAACAACUGAGGAGUGGCUGAAUAGUACUCUGGGGCUUCACCCAAUUCAGGUUGCCCUGCAGGUUGCUCUUCCAGAGCUGGAUGGAGGCAUGGAGCCCAUUGUUUUUGCUGGCCGGGAUCCUAGAACAGGGAAAUCGCAUGCUCUACACAAGAGGGUUGAGCAACUCUGCAUCAGAGCGAUCAGAUGGGCUGAACUUAAAAGGAAAUCAAAGGCAGAGAAGAAGCUUGCAAUCACUGUCUUCAGUUUCCCUCCAGACAAAGGAAAUGUUGGAACAGCUGCAUACCUUAACGUAUUCGACUCCAUUUUCUCUGUCUUAAAAGAACUCAAAAGGGAUGGUUACAAUGUUGAGGGCCUGCCAGAGACCUCUGAAUCCCUGAUUGAAGAUGUGCUUCAUGACAAAGAAGCUAAAUUCAGCAGCCCAAAUCUCAAUAUUGCUUACAAAAUGGGUGUCCGGGAGUAUCAAACCCUUACUCCCUAUGCUACAGCAUUGGAAGAGAGCUGGGGAAAGCCUCCAGGCAAUCUAAAUUCUGAUGGGGAGAAUCUCUUGGUCUAUGGAAAACAGUAUGGAAAUGUCUUCAUUGGGGUUCAACCUACGUUUGGCUACGAGGGUGAUCCUAUGCGGCUCCUUUUCUCCAAAUCUGCUAGCCCACAUCAUGGGUUUGCAGCUUACUAUUCUUUUGUUGAGAAAAUUUUCAAGGCCGAUGCUGUUCUUCACUUUGGCACUCACGGGUCACUUGAAUUCAUGCCUGGAAAACAGGUUGGAAUGAGUGAUGUUUGCUACCCUGAUAGUCUUAUUGGGAAUAUUCCCAAUGUUUAUUACUAUGCAGCUAAUAAUCCAUCUGAAGCCACCAUCGCCAAGCGCCGGAGCUAUGCAAAUACCAUUAGCUAUUUGACUCCUCCCGCAGAAAACGCUGGACUUUACAAGGGACUCAAGCAACUUAGUGAGCUUAUCUCCUCGUAUCAAUCUCUCAAAGACACGGGUCGUGGCCCGCAGAUUGUGAGCUCCAUUAUUAGCACAGCUAAACAAUGCAAUCUUGACAAGGAUGUGAGCCUUCCUGAUGAAGGGGAAGAAAUCUCUGCAAAAGAACGAGACCUUGUGGUUGGAAAGGUGUAUUCUAAAAUUAUGGAAAUUGAGUCCCGACUUUUGCCUUGUGGGCUACAUGUCAUUGGCGAGCCUCCAUCUGCAAUGGAAGCUGUUGCAACACUGGUUAACAUUGCUGCAUUGAACCGUCCUGAAGAGGGGAUUUCAUCACUCCCAGCUAUAUUAGCUGAGACUGUUGGAAGAAAUAUUGAGGAUGUCUAUAGAGGAAGUGACAAGGGAAUACUGAAGGAUGUUGAGCUUCUUCGCCAAAUUACCGACACAUCACGUGGAGCUGUCUCUGCCUUUGUGGAGCGAACAACUAAUAAGAAAGGUCAAGUUGUUGAUGUAGCUGAUAAGCUGACCUCAGUCUUCGGGUUUGGCUUGAAUGAACCUUGGGUUCAAUACUUGUCAAGCACAAAAUUUUACCAGGCGGACAGGGAGAAGCUUAGAACAUUGUUUGCAUUCCUAGGAGAGUGUUUGAAGCUGGUCGUGGCAGAUAAUGAGCUGAGAAGUUUAAAACAAGCUUUGGAGGGAAAAUAUGUGGAGCCUGGUCCUGGUGGUGAUCCAAUUAGAAACCCGAAAGUGUUGCCAACAGGAAAGAAUAUUCAUGCCCUGGAUCCACAAUCUAUACCCACUGCAGCAGCAUUGCAGAGCGCAAUGGUUGUGGUAGAUAGGUUGCUUGAGAGGCAGAAGGCUGACAAUGGUGGAAAGUACCCUGAGACAGUUGCCCUUGUGUUGUGGGGAACGGAUAACAUUAAGACUUAUGGGGAGUCACUGGCUCAAGUCCUGUGGAUGAUCGGUGUGAGGCCAGUUGCUGAUACCUUUGGCCGUGUCAACCGGGUGGAGCCGGUUAGUCUCGAAGAGCUUGGAAGGCCUAGAAUCGAUGUUGUUGUUAACUGCUCAGGAGUCUUCAGAGACCUCUUCAUCAACCAGAUGAACCUCCUUGACCGGGCAGUGAAGAUGGUUGCUGAGCUAGACGAGCCAGCAGACCAGAACUAUGUCAGGAAGCAUGCACUAGAGCAAGCUCAAGCCCUUGGCAUUGAGGUUCGAGACGCUGCAACCCGUGUCUUCUCUAAUGCAUCAGGCUCAUACUCAUCCAAUAUAAAUCUUGCUGUUGAGAAUUCCUCAUGGAAUGAUGAGAAGCAGCUGCAAGACAUGUACUUGAGCCGGAAGUCCUUCGCAUUUGACUGUGACGCCCCUGGUGCAGGCAUGACUGAGAAGAGGAAGGUCUUUGAGAUGGCUCUAAGCACAGCUGAUGCCACAUUCCAAAACCUUGACUCAUCAGAAAUCUCACUCACUGAUGUGAGUCACUACUUCGACUCAGAUCCCACUAAUCUAGUGCAGGGCCUAAGGAAGGACGGCAAGAAGCCUAAUGCAUACAUUGCUGACACAACCACAGCUAAUGCCCAGGUGAGGACACUUUCUGAGACUGUCCGGCUUGAUGCUCGGACCAAGCUGUUGAACCCCAAAUGGUAUGAAGGAAUGAUGUCAAGUGGGUAUGAGGGCGUCCGGGAAAUCGAAAAGAGGCUGACAAAUACAGUUGGGUGGAGUGCAACCUCAGGCCAAGUUGACAAUUGGGUCUAUGAAGAAGCCAACUCGACUUUCAUUCAAGACGAGGAGAUGCUAAAGAGACUCAUGAACACCAAUCCGAAUUCUUUCAGGAAGUUGGUGCAGACCUUCUUGGAGGCCAAUGGAAGGGGGUACUGGGAAACAUCAGAAGAUAAUAUCGAAAAGUUGAGGCAGUUGUACUCAGAAGUUGAGGACAAGAUUGAAGGAAUUGAUCGGUAAAUUAUGAACCAACUGUUAUAGAGAAAAUCGAGUGCAAAUAACUACAUCAAUUUACUUGAGCUCUUUCUUGUUGCUUUGUAGGAUGGAUAGAUGUAACUUCCACAAAUAUUUGGAAUAUGAAUUUG